AUGGAAGAGGUUCAACAAGCUGUACUUUCCGCCAAGCGAUUGUACGACACUCGAUCAAAGCACGCGGAUGCUAAGAGAUGGCUGCGCAAAUUUUCAAAAGGUAUUAUGUAUUAUGCAGUCAUCUUGGACACUCUAUCACAACAUCAUCCGGAAUAUGUCUCUCUCGCUUGGGGUGCCAUGAAGUUCAUUUUCAUAGGAGUUAUUAAUCAUGAGCAGCUCGUUGUGGAGCUCUCCAAAGCGCUCUGCUCUAUGGCCGAUGCAUUACCGAGCGCCCAGUUGAAAAAUGUUCUCUACCCCACAGAGCAAAUGAAACAAGCAGUAGCAGUUUUGUACUCACACAUUCUUGAAAUUCUUCAGCGAGCGGCUGAGUGGUAUCGAGGCGGCAAGAUCAAGCACUUACUAGGAUCCAUAGCCCGACCAUGGUCUUUGCACUUUAGUGACUUAGUCGAAGACCUAUCGAUUGCAGCAAAAAAAGUAGACGAGCUCGCAAUCGGUGCCAGCAUGGCAGAACAGCGAGACAUGCACCUGGAACAGCAAGAAUUACGACUGGAACAAAGAAAGACACACGCUCUUCUUGAGGAAUUGAAAAGGAUAACGGAAGAGUAUCAAAAAUUGAGCCUUGUUGCACACCUAAAUACCAACCAGAGAGUAUGUGACAUGCAAUUUUCGCAGAUCAUGACCUUCAUGGCAACAAGCACGGAGUGUCUACCGAGCCCUGAGGUCAGUCGAAAGCAAUAUCAGGCUAGGCGAAAUAGCAGGCAAUUCAAAAAAGGAUAUGGAAGUUUGAAGAACCCUGUAUGCACGCGUACGCUUCAAAGCUGGGCGGACACAAAGCACUCCUCAACGAUAAAUGUCUGUGGCUCUUUCGUAACUCGUCACGAAGCACAAGACUUUGCUGUUGAUGCGAUUGACUUCAUCGCCCAGAGCCAAGCACCUCUUGUCUGGAUUCUCAAUAUCCACGAAGGUCGAGCGAACUCAGACAUUAUGCUGAGUGACGUCCUCAAAGCUCUGAUUUUGCAGAUUCUGAAAAUGAAUCACACUAUGCUCACGGAACGAUCUUUGAGCUUGAGUGCUGCUCGAUUUCAGAGUGCAACGACAGAUGCAGAAUGGAUUGCGCUUCUGGGUACAGUGCUCGAAGGUCUCCCAUAUGUAUAUAUGAUCAUCGAUACAGAGGUCGUUGGCAAUCAGUAUGCAAAGUGGUCAGAGACUUUUAACAUGCUGUUCGAUGAGCUGAGAUCAAGAAACAUUGGAAACAUCAUCAAGGUCGCACUUGUCUGGUAUCGUCAAAAGCCCGCAGAUUUGGCUGGCGUUGACAAAACUAUUAAGAUCAGAGCUUCAGCGCCCUCAGGACGGCGGCCGAUGGCAGUUUCGAAUUGGCGCUCUCGGAAAGGACCACAAGCAAGAUUGAGAGGUCUCAAGCUCUCGCAUUGA